AUGGAUGUAGUUAAUGUUGAAGAAGAUGAAGUAAAUGAUGUUGGAAAUAAUGUUGAAGAACAUGAAAUGACUUAUGUUAGAAAUAAUGUUGAAAAAGAUGAAGUAGCUGAUGUUGGAAAUAAUUUUGAAAAAGAUGAAGUAACUGGUGUUGGAAAUAAUGUUGAAAAAGAUGAAGUAACUGAUAUUGGGAAUAAUCUUAAAGAAGAUGAAGUAGUUGAUGUUGGAAAUAACGUUGAAGUAGACGAACAUGAGAGUAGUGAUAAUAGUGACUUUGAAUGUGAUGGCAUAACAUUUGAUGAUAGUGAGGAUGAAAAAGUUCUUGGGUUGGAUGAUAACUUUGAUUUAAUUGAUAAAUAA